AUGUCCACGGAGGUCACGGAGGACGAGGUUCUCUUCAACUCGACCGCUUCUACCACAGAACCUCCGCGGGCAUACUUUUCCGUAUCCAGACCGGAUUCAGUACUGACAAUCAUCGACAACCCAUUCCGAACUCGGCAGUCGACAGUCCUGGUCAUCAUCGGAGUCGUGGCUCUGGGCAUCUGCACAGUAUUUCUAGCAGUCCGCUACGCACAGGUCCUGAGAUGCAACAUGCACGAAUGCGUCAAGGCCCCAUUGACACUGGAGGCGCAAAAGUCAAAUCGAUUGGGCGACGAUGACCAGAAUGAGGAUUAUCCAGAUGACCAGACUCCCGUCACCCAGUCACCCGACUCAUACGAUGACAAUCAUUCCUCCAUCCGACGCCGUCCUCGAGCAAGGUUUCCGCAGCCCAAGACGAUUGCAAUCGGAGGAGUUCGAGAAGGGAAGAUAGCACAGCGGAGAGCCUCAAUGUCGCGGAGCGUUGGACGUGACGUGCAGGCACCGAAAGAGACGCUUGCCAUGACCGAACCGAUCUGA